CGGACACUAAUAGUUCAGUACAGCUGUUGCAGAGAACCAGACGAGAGACGGAGCACGGAGGGAUGGCUCGACAGACCAGGAGAAAACCCGGGGAAACAGACUCAUCUCACUCCCGCAGAUAGAGUCUGAGAGACGCGCACGAUGCGAGGAUUCAGCGCCAGCGUAGAGUUGUCUCCAGCAGCGCUGCAGUGCUCCUGUGGAUCUGGAGAGGAGCCUCAGAAGAAGAAAGCCCCGCCUCCACUCAGACCAGUCCCCGCCCAGCCCACACCGAGGCCACGCCCCACUCCCUCAGCCACGCCCAGAGCACAGAAACCCCACGUGCCCCCUAAGCCUGUGCACCUGCUUGGUCCUGUCCCUCCAGCGCCCCGCCGACCCCUGCCCAGUCCCCCUCCGAGAGCCAGAGUCCCGUCUGCAGGGCCCAGGUUUCUGAUUCUGGGCCUCCAGCGGAGGAGCGAGCUCCAUUGGGGAGCCAGCAUGGAUUCUCCAGCCUCUCGAGGUGCCAGCGAUCAUCCUCAGCCCAGCGAGACGUCAGCCGCAGAAGAUGAUGCACUUUCAUUUAAAGCAUGUGAAAUCUCUGAGCUUUUGAGAUUGUCCAGCUUAAACUCCCUCCAGACGGACUCUGCCAGUGACGCGGAGAUUACAGAGGAACUCCAGAAAGAGCAUCAGAAACAUUGCAGCGCUGGUUUGGAGAGUAAUCGCAGUGACUCCGACGGAGAGCGCCACGAGGGCAGCAGUAAACACGCAGACGGCGAGGAGGAAAGGUCACAGGGUCACGAGGGGACGGAGGCCAGCGGAAAGAUCCCCAACCGGGACAGCGGCAUCGACAGUCCGUCCUGCGGAGCGGAGGCAGAGGGCUUCUCCAGCGAGGACCGCAUCGAGGAGGAGCACCGGAGCGCCAGCCUGGCCACAGAGACCCCCGCCGGAGACAAGCGGGACUCCACGCAGGACGAGGACAGCGACCUGGACGAGGGGAGCGGAGAGGAUCCCGAGAGCCUGGAGAUCAAGUCGCAGAAGCUGCUGAACAUCGCUAAAGAGUUGCUCCAGACAGAAGAAGCGUAUGUGAAAAGACUCAACCUGCUGGACCAGGUGUUCUGUGCCCGUCUGACGGAGGCUGGCAUCCCUGCUGAGGUGAUCACAGGAAUCUUCUCCAACAUCUCCAGCAUCUACCUCUUUCACCACCAGUUCCUGCUGCCUGAGCUACAGACACGCAUCACACAGGAGUGGAGCUGUAAUCCACGCAUAGGGGACAUCCUGCAGAAGCUGGCCCCGUUCCUGAAGAUGUACGGCGAGUAUGUGAAGAACUUCGACCGAGCCAUGGAGCUGGUGAGCACCUGGACGCAGCGCUCCGCUCAGUUCAAGAGCGUGGUCCAGAGCAUCCAGAAGCAGGAGGUGUGUGGGAACCUGACGCUGCAGCAUCACAUGCUGGAGCCGGUGCAGCGGAUCCCGCGCUAUGAGCUCUUACUGAAGGACUAUCUGAAGAAGCUGCCGGCCGGCGCCGCGGACCACAGAGACGCACAGAAUGCCCUGGAGCUGAUCUCCACCGCAGCAAACCACUCCAACGCUGCCAUCAGGAAAAUGGAGAAGAUGCACAAGCUGUUGGAGGUGUAUGAGAAGUUGGGUGGAGAGGAGGACAUCGUUAAUCCAGCUAAUGAGUUCAUUAAAGAAGGCCACUUCAAGAAGAUGUCGGCUAAGAACGGCAGCGCACAGGACCGAUACCUCUAUCUGUUCAAUAACAUGAUGCUGUAUUGUGUGCCCAAGCUGAGGCUGAUGGGACAGAAGUUUAGCGUCCGCGAGCGAAUCGACAUCGCAGGGAUGGAGGUUCAGGAAAACGCCAAGCAGAACGUCCCUCACACUUUCACCAUCAGCGGCAAACAGCGCUCGCUCGAGCUGCAGGCCAGGUCGGCUGAGGAGAAGGACGACUGGAUAAAAGUGAUCCUGGCGACGAUAGAGAAGCACAAGCAGAACAGCGAGACGUUCAAAGCUUUCAAUGUGUCCUGCAGCCGUGAUGAGGAGCACACGCCCGACACGCCGCAGGGUCUGAUGAGCAGCGCGAGCACAUGUGAGACAGACGCAGCUCAGCAAGAGAGGAAGAGCUCAAAGAAGCGAGAGAAGGAGAGAGAAACAUGCAAAGGCUGCAGUGAGGCCUUCCACUUCACCAAACGCAAACACCACUGCAAGAGCUGCGGCGCGGCCGUCUGUGGGAAGUGUUCGAAGGUGUCGGAGAGCAGGAACAUCCGUGUGUGUAAGCCGUGCUUUGAAGUCCUGCAGGGAGCUGAAGGGACAGCAGGGGGCGGCACUGAGCCCAAGAGAAAACUCGAGAAGCAGCUAUCAGUUGCUCAGUCUUCUCAGCGAACAGGAAAAGUUGAGGAGCUGGACCAGGAGCUGGGCGGCCAUCACUGAAGCACAACCUCUGCUGCUUUACCAGCAAACCAGCACACAGGUCUCUCUGGCUGUGACAUGAGAAGAAGAAGGAAUCAAACGUGUUCAGACUGAUUCAGGGCUGAAUGGAGCUCCUGUCACAUGCUGUAAAGGGAGGAGCAAGAGCCAAUAAGAUGCUUCCCCUCGCCUCUGGUCUCUGCUCCUGUUACUUGAAAUCACCAUAUCCUCAGCACUUUUUCAUCCUUUCUUCUGAAGAUCGUUGUACCCUCCUUCACACGCUCGUUGCUCUUUCAGCUGCAGCUCAGUGUGAGAGUGACUGUUUGUCAAUGCACUGUUCCCGUGUUGCGCUGGAUGAAGAUGUUGAGAAUGUUACGAUGAAUGUUUUGUUUUUCAUUUGUUGCCUUUCAGAUGUGUUAGUAGUUAAAGCAUUAAGUCACUGUUCUUGUGAUUCACUGUCAGUUCAAACCUUCAUGCACCCCUUUGUUUAUUCUUUCGGAUUUUAAAAGAUGAAAUCCUUGACAUGCAAGAGACACACCGAACUGAAGCAGAGCAAAAAGUCAUAUUUUACUCAAAACGACAGGAAGAAAUUAUAUUUUGCAUUUAAAAAGAACCCUGUUUUUUUAUGAUAAUUAAGCACAUUUCACCCCAAAUUUGCAUUAUUAUAAUGCACAAGAAAAGUUAUGAUGUAUUUCAGUUUUGCAGUGUUCAUUCAUUUUAGUAGAAUCAGUCAUACUGUAAUUUCAUACACAAUUAGUCAUAUGUUUUUUUUUAUUAUUAUUAUUACAAUAUAGUAAUGAGAAUCACCACUGAGAAUGAGGACAACUUAUUGCACACAUUACAGACAAUUUUCAAUCCUUUUUUUAAUAUAUAAAUAAUGUCUCAAAUGUAAAAAUAUCUUAGUGGUCCUAAAACGGCUUUAUUUUACAUAAUGCUAAAUUUUUUGAAACCCUGUUGCGUUUUCGCAACAUUCACCCAGAAUUUCACAAGACGAGUGUGUUCAUGAACUCUUCUGAAGUCUUUGGUAAGCUUCACGAGGAUCCCCUGCUUCUUUGUUUAAGGGCAGAUUCAGUAUUACACCCUUUUGUAGAGCAUUGGCCAUUUCAGUGCUUGAGGGGAAACUGUUUACUGUUUUGUGAAUUUUAAGGUAAAGGUGUGGAUGAGAGGACUAAGUUUAAGAACGUCGCCUUGCUGUCUCUUCAUACUCUCACCAAAGGCACACUUCUCUUUUGAAUGCACCAGUUUUGUGAUCGCAACAGAAGUACUGUACGCCUGCACACUCAGAGUCCAGUCUGUGUGCCUGGAGGUGGAUCAUGGUCAAUAUUUAAUGUAUGAUGUAAACAUUGCAUUUGCUUCCCUUUUAAUAUUGUUUGAACCCUUGAAACAGAACCAGUAUUAUUAAAAGCAUUUUAUGUGUACAAAAGCUGCCUUAUAGCAUAUCAAUGAAUAAAAGAGUAUCUGGUCA